CCUGUACCGCCUCUCGGCGGCCGCAGCAGAGGCACUAUGGCCGACGGCGGCGGCACUCCUGCUGAGACGUCGGGUCCACCGGACUCCCCUGGCCGGACGCCAGCCCCACGCGCGGUCGAGCCGGGUGGUGGCGGUGGCGGCGGCGGCGGCGGCGGCGGGGAGACCCCGCGGACGGCGGUGCUGGCGCUCCGCUUCGACAAGCCCAUCAAGCAGGCCUUCUACAACACCGGGGCCGUGCUGUUCGUGUGCCUGUGCUGCGGCGCCGCCGUGCUCGUCUACUUCAUCCUGGAGGCCUUCCUGCGGCCGCUGCUGUGGGCCGUGCUGUGCGGCACCUUCCUGCACCCCUUCAAGAGCUCGCUGACGCGCCUGGGCCGCCACUGGCUGCAGCGCCUGCACCGCGCGCACACGCCCAUCCUGCUGGCCGCGCUGCUGCUGCCGCUCUGCUUCGCCGACUACGGCGUCGAGGCGCUGGGCGAGCAGGCGCUGCGCCGCCGCCGCCUGCUGCUGCUGCUGGGCGCGGGCGGCCCGCUCCUCUACGGCCUCUACAGCCUCGGCAGCUACCUGGGCGUGCAGGUGCUGCUGGCGCACGCCGGCGUGCUCAUCUGCCGCGGGCUGGACUACUUCAGCAGCCUGUGGAUCUGGACGUUGGUAGUUGGCUAUCUGUUGACUGUUUCAUUCAAGUGGAAUGCAAGCACUGAGCGCUACUUGAGAGCAGUUUCAAUUCCUGUCUGGAUUAUAUUGCUUUUUCAUUUAGCAUCUCUGGCUGGCUCAUGGAGAAUUCCAGUAUUCCUGGUUAUUGUUUUCCUGAUGUCUGUGGGCACCCUCUAUGAAAAACAGAAUGGAAAAGAAUCUUCUGGGGCAGAGUUACCAGGACAAGUUAUCUCCAUGGCUGCUUCUACUCUGGCAACCUUGGCCAUCUCUAUCACAGGGUAUGAAUCGAGCACUGAAGACCAACCCUCUACUCAGCCUGCAGAAACCAUGGACAGAGGCGAACCCCCUCCAACAUUGUCCUCUUCUUCGCCCUCUUCCCCUUCGCCCACACUGCGCAGGCAAAGGCCUGAGAUCGGAGCGUUCCCCAGAAAGAAGAAAACUAGCGACAUCUACUUCGUGGCCCUCGUCUGGGCCAUCAUUGCCGUCCAGCUCUGGUUGAACCUGUGGAUCGUGCAGCUGCUGCCAGUGCCGAUUGCAGUCUGGAUACUCAAAAAGCUCGUCAUUCACUUUGGAGUUGUGGACUUCCUGGAGAAGCGCUGCUCCGUGUGGUGGCGGGUCAUGGAGCGCUUCCUGAAGGACCGGCAGGAAGCGCUAGCGCCAUGGCCAAUUGUCGGACUUGGGAAAUUCUUGUUAAAAGUUGAUAGCAAGAUAAUCAUCUGGUUGGAGAAGAUGUUAGACAAAAUAAUUAGCAUUUUCAUCAUAUUUUUGUUAGUAAUAGGAACCCUUCUUUUAGCCCUACUCCUGACUGCAAAGGUACAUCAAGAGAGUGUGCACAUGAUUGAAGUCACAAGCAGUUUGAUUAAUGAAACUCUAGCAAAUCACCCUGAGUGGGCAAAUUGGCUUCCUGAGGCUCAGGUAGUCCAAAGAGCCCUCAAUUCUGCAGCUAAUAAUGUGUAUCAGUAUGGACGAGAAUGGAUAACCCACAAGCUUCAUAAAAUUCUCGGAGAUAAGGUGAACAAUACUGCUGUGAUUGAAAAGCAGGUACUAGAACUUUGGGACAGACUGUAUCAUUCUUGGUUUGUAAAGAACGUAACGCACUCUGGAAGGCACAAAGGACACAAGAUGCAUAUAAGCCGUCAGAACAGCUGGCUGGGAGACAUUCUGGACUGGCAGGAUAUCGCGUCCUUCGUCCACGAGAACAUCGAGACGUUUCUUUCUAUCUUGGAGUCUCUGUGGAUUGUUAUGAGCCGAAACGUGAGCCUGCUUUUCACCACUGUCACCACGCUCCUGACCAUCCUCUUCUACAGCGGGACGGCCCUUCUCAAUUUCGUGCUCUCUCUGAUCAUUUUCCUGACCACACUGUUUUAUCUGUUAAGUUCCAGUGAUGAGUACUACAAGCCCGUGAAGUGGGUGAUAUGCCUGACACCACUGUCUCAGCCAGGCCCUUCUUCUAAUAUUAUUGGCCAGUCUGUGGAAGAAGCCAUCAGAGGGGUGUUUGAUGCUUCCCUCAAAAUGGCUGGCUUCUAUGGAUUGUAUACCUGGCUGACUCAUACUAUAUUUGGCAUCAAUAUUGUCUUCAUACCAUCAGCUUUAGCAGCAAUCCUUGGAGCAGUACCAUUUCUGGGGACAUACUGGGCAGCAAUACCUGCAGUGCUAGACCUGUGGCUUACACAAGGCCUAGGAUGCAAAGCCAUCUUACUGCUGGUUUUUCAUCUCUUGCCAACAUACUUUGUAGAUACUGCCAUCUAUUCUGAUAUUUCAGGGGGUGGCCAUCCGUACUUGACAGGCCUGGCCGUGGCUGGCGGAGCAUACUACCUGGGCCUGGAAGGAGCAAUCAUCGGGCCCAUACUUCUCUGCAUACUUGUGGUCGCUUCCAACAUCUAUAGUGCCAUGCUAGUGAGUCCCACAAGUUCAGUGCCCAUGGCAAACCAGACUCCGUGGCCUGCUCAGAGUCAGCGGACUUUCCGUGACAUUUCUGAAGAUCUGAAAUCUUCAGUAGACUGACAUGGCUUCCGCUUCAGUGGUUUCUCUAGGAAGUUCAACCUUGACUGUGAGUUCAGCUCAGCUGUGUCUCCUGUCCUUUCGGCUGUGCCUAGCACACAGAGCCGGGGAAAGAAGCUCCUGGCCUUCCUCCAGAAUGCGUGGGCAAGUGCGAACUUGCUGUGAGCUGCUUUGCAUUUUAAAGCACAGCUUUAGAGCUCCCAGAUGUGGUUUGCUCACCUAACUGUUGCUAAAAUGGCUUAGUUAAGAGUUUCAGUGUAUGCACUGGUACCAUGGCUUGAAAUUUACCCCCUUUGCUUAUCUGUAUUAUUAUAAUAUGUAUUUAUAAAGUUAUUUUUUAAGAGCCCUAAUCUACCUACUGUUGAAAGGACAUACAUGUAAUUUUUCUCGUGUUUUAAGAAAUCUGUUCAUAAACUUUUCUACGACGGUCACUUUUCAAUGAAAAGGGCUUUCACUUUUGAGUACGUAGUUGCUUGAGCAGGAAAAAUGUGUCUGCUUCCUUUUCCCACAAUGUAUGGUCCUCUCUAAGAAGGAACCAGGCUCCGGUGGAAGGGCAGGUGGCUCACUUCAAGUUCAGUUAGUUGUGUGUUGCAACCCUAGGAGAGACAGUCUGAUUGAAGCUCUCUCUCCCCUUUCUUCUGCCUCCAUCCCCACAUUACACUGUUGCCAAAUUUCUAAAACUUGGCAGACCAAUGGCAUUGAAGUGAAAUACAUGUCCGCUGCUGUUAAUGGUAACAAUGUGAUAGAAUUCAUGUUGUGAUUUUUCUUUUUUUUUCCAAAUGUUUCAAGUGAAAAAUCUCAGGUGCAUCAGUACUCUGAUUUGUUAAAUGUAUCCCUGUUUCACCUUUUGGAACUCUGCCACUUGGUUACUUACAGACCAGAAUUUUAUAUUUAUGCAGUAUUUUCCCAUCACUUAGCACAGUGCCUUGCACAUGAGACUCUAGAUGAAUGCCUGUUGACAUACAUUGUAACUUCUUAAACUUAUCAGAUAUCACAAUAACCAGGAUAGUGCUUUACAUUUUACAAAGUCUCCUUGCCUGUAAUUAUUUCACAACAACUUCACAUAACCUUUCAUACAGCAUUAUGUUGUUUUAUAACAGUUUCACACAGAUGAUGAAGCUAAGGUUCAGAAAACUGACAAACUGAAAGUCAUAAAGUUCAGUAAGAUUUGACCUCCUAUCUUCUGACUCCGUAAGUCUGCAAACUCUGCAUAUGCCGUAGUGUUUCUUCUACUACCUUCCAGUUUUCCGUGCUGUGAGAUGCUAGGAGAAUAGGUGUCCUAGGACUUGUCCUCCUGUUCCCGAGGGCUGGGACUAGAACCCAGCUCUGCGCUCUGUGCCCUUGCCGCCGUAUAAAACAGUCCUCAGGCUCUUUCUCUGGCCCCGGGGGAAUGUGGAAGAGAAAGGCUUCUUAAGGAUCAGAGGUCACCGCUUUGGAAAACACUUAAAAGUAGAAAUUAUUUUAUCUCAAACACUUUUUCACUAAAGAGCACAGUUAGUAUAACUAGCUUAAAUUUAUUCCGAUAUUAAGAAAAGCUCCAUUUAGAAGAGAGGCUCCCGUGAAGUCUUUGUUUAUACUGUAGACUCUGUGCACAUCUCUAAUUUUCCCUAUGAACCCUUCAACAAUUACAAUUUGAUAUAACACCAAUGUUACGUUUGGCCACUAAUUGCUUUCCUUAGUUCGUUGUUUAAUCACUUAUUCAGUAAAACAUUUGCUAAGAGUUUGCCAAACUGUAGGCCCAAGCCAGGCACUGUACAGGGUGCUGUAGGGGAUAACUCAUAAGCAGGCCUUCUCUUUCGGUAAAUCUUAGCCAGAUCAUGUGUAUUGCCAAAAUAAAAAAUUUGCAUUAAAGGGGUUAAAAAAGAAAUCGGGUUUGUAUCUGUUAAUUGUAUACUGUAAGUUAUAGCUGUAAUUUGCACGCAUUCACAAGAGGUAAAUGUUAUACACAAUGAGUUGGGGUGCCUAUACAGAUUAUGUCUUUUCAAAGUGCUUUUAGCGGUACAAAGUGAUAUUGCGAAAAACUAAACUUGAGCUAAUGUGUGGCUGUAGCUGAUUACAAUUAUUCAUUGGAAUACCAGGUUGUUAGAGGGGGGACUCUGAGCUCUAAGAGACUAGGUUAGAGCUGCCAAAAUGAGCAGUGAUGUAAUAUCACCCUGGAAUAGCAGGAACAGAGGUGUCCUAGUGCUACCCAGUCCUGAUCAGGAACUGAAGUGGCCCCAGCACUCCAGCAGCUGCAUAAGGACGGGGAGGCUGGCCGGCUAGGGGAGGUCUUCUUGGAACCCUCACAAACAUGCCCCUCAGGAGUAGUGAGGUUGUGCAGAACCUUCACAGAGCAUAGAGAUCAAGUGGUAUGAAAAGGUAGGAGUCUCCAGCUCAAGUUUUAAAGAUGACCAGCCCUCAGGUUCUCAGUUCGGAUCUGAUCGAUGAAGUAGAAGUAGCUUCAGUAAAAACUGAGUUCAGAAAUCCCAUCACAAUGUCUUGCAUUUUACAGCUCGAUUAAAGAUUAGUGUUAAGUUGGCAUUCACUAUUCGGUUAUAAACUAAAUGGAGGAGAUAAAAACUCUCCACACAAACGUGCUCCUCUCUUUCUCAGAGAACAGGAGUGUUGUAUUUAGCAUAAACUCCAUAUAUAAGUCCUGCUUCAGUUCCAAAAUUCUUACCAUACUCUCUGUUCCUGGAAGUGAGCUCUCUCAGACUGCUUUAGAUUCCAGUCUUAUUUAUUUUUUUCCAUUUGCAAGGAAUCCUAACACCCCCUUCCAUUAGAGGUGGUGAGCUGGCAGAGAGUUCCCUUGACCUCUGAGACUGGUGUAGAGCGACCCUGGGCAGUGGGAGGAUACCCAAGAAUUGUUAUGGAGAUGCUAUAUUUAAACAAAUUCCGUAGCUCUUGGAAAUGGCAGCUGUUUAUUCCAGUUAAAAAGGGCUGCUCCAGGGCUUACAGAUAAAAUCCUCUGGCUGACCUUGGUCUUAGCAGGAACCCAUCAGUGACCCUUCAGGACUUCCUAGUACCACUAGUUCUCACUUACAUUGUAUUUAGCGUUUCAGGAAGUGUCCCUGCUGGGCAAGAAAUACUCAGAAAUUCAGUCCCUGAGGGUUAGAUUAGAGCAAAGCAAUAUUUAGGUGAGCUAUCCAGAGCUUUCCACCCAGGUUUAUAGGAAAAACCCCUUCUGAACUUCCCAUACUCUGGUCCUGACCUGAGGGUCUUCCAAGACCCUUACAAGAGUUUUACAGUAGGCACUUCACAGUGGAAAUAGCCUCUGACAGUAAACUUCCAAAUGCUAGUUCCAGCUGAAAAUAAGUACUUUUGUUUUUAUUAACUUGUUGCCUUUACAUAGUUUGCAAUAAAAAUAUAUUCAUUUUAUUAAUUUACCGAGGACCUGCAAAAAAUGUGCAAUACUAUCUGAAACACUGAGCAGUUAUUUUUUUAUAAACUUGAUUUACAGUUCUUUUAUUUUUAAACUGUCUGUCUAUUGGCAUCACAGACAUUCUGUGCUAGAAUGGGCCUUAUAUAAUUAGGUGGUUCUGUCAUUUUCUAGAGAAGGGAACAAAUCCAAAGGUCCGAGCGGCUUUUCUAACACACACAGCCAGUUAGUAACAGAAUUCAGAGUAGAGUACAGUUCUCUUUUUCACCCAGGCCAUUGUUCUACUUCUCUUUCCCUUUUCCUCGUAGUCGAGUAGCUCUUGGAAAAACGUGUUUCUUGUAGCAGUUGUUCAAAUGGAUGUUAUUAGAUGGUAUCAGAGAAUAAAGUGUGCAUGGGGGAGGGGACUCCAAGGUCAAUUAAAAUUGAGACAUGCUGGGUUUGUUUUCUUUCUGUAGGACUUCUCAGAGUUUUUGAUGUGCUGUUAUAUAUUGUGAAUUUAUGAGGGGACAAAGACUGUGUUUACUUGGACUUAUUUGACCUUGAACUGCAGCCCCAUCCUUCCUUUUCUCAGAGCAUCUCAAAGUACUACUGGUCCUUUGGGAAACAGCUCUACAGUGAGUUUACAGCUUUUGUAGAAGACAUCCUUAGUGGAAUUUCUGAAAAGUAAAUCUGUUACCAUGGUACCCUGUAAUCGUUAACAAAUCUCAAAGUUUACUGAGAAUACUAGAAAGAAAACAUACUUGCCCUUCGGAGCUAUAUGUAAAGUAUAGAGAGUCUUACCACCUAUGGUACGUAAGAUCAGUAUUUGUGUUUAGUUUUUUCAAGUUUUUCAAGGAUCUGUUAAUGUGCAGAUACAGUGGUGAUAUAUUGAUAUUACAUUGUAAUAAUGCUUUUGUAUGGCACUUUAUAGUUUUCAGAUUGCUUUCAUAACAACCCUGUAAGAUAGGCAGGUGUUAAGUAUUAUCAGAUGAAGCAUUGGAGGCUCAGAAAGGUUUUUGUGAUUUUUUUUUUU